GCGUACUUUCUUCUUCAAUUUUCUAUUACCUUUUUGCCUCGGAGAUUUGGAUUUGAUUUGCCUGGGAUUUGAUGACCAAGUCUUGAAGCAAUCGCCAUCUCUCUCUCCUCUCUCUCUAUGUUGCACUCUCGAAGGAAAGACACACAGACACUCUCUCUCUCUCUCUCUCUAAGGAAAAACACACAGUCUCUCUAUCCCUGAAUGCAAGUUGAAGGAAGAAAAGCCCAAGACGUUUGCAGGUCUAAAGAAUGAAAACCCAUAAGUUUAUGGGUGCUAAAGAACUCUCUCUAUCUUUCUCUCUUUAGUUGAAGGAAGAUGCACCCAAGAUGUGUGGGAGUUGAAAGAAAAAGAACCCAUUAUGUGUGGAAGUUGAAAGAUGAAAGUGUGAAAGUUGAUAGAAGAAGAUCAAUUGGUUUAUGCAUGUAAGGGAAAUCUCUCUCUAAAAAAUGUGAGCCAGAGAAGUUUUCACGACCUCCGUUUUAUUGAAUUUUUCCCAAAAGCAGAGUUUGGGCUUUUCUCUUGGAGAUGAGAUUAAAGGGAUGCCUUCUAAUGAGAUGUGGAUUUCUCUUGAUUUCUCUACUUUCUUGUGUUGAAACCAGUGUAGAAAUGUCAUGUUCUUCUUUGUUGGUUUCAUUGGUGGUCCUGGGAUUGUGGUUUUGGGUAAUGGUGGAAUUGGAAAAGAGUUGCAGAGUAGUGGGGGUUGAUGAGAGAGAAAGUGUGGUGAUCAAGUCCCAUUGUAACAAAAGAAUCCUUGCCAACUCUCUGAAUCCAAAACCUGGAGGUCACAUGGCACAAGAUUUCAUAUUUCCCCAUUUUAACCCUGAAAAUGCAGAAUCCAUGCGUUGUCACGGCUGCACGAAAGCCCGGCCACUGGGGGUAAAUUCAGAGAUCACGGCGAUUCUUCUCACUGUAAUUGGCCUAAAAAAUGAUUUUUUGGUUCCCAAAAAAGAAAAUGGGCUUCACGGGUGUUCUUUAAGUUCAUGCAUCAGUCGAGCUGGGCUGUAUCGCCUUCUUUUGAGAGUUCAGGUAGAGAGUGAGAGGAGAGGGAGAACCAUGCUUUCAGGUGGGUCUAGUGCUGUUCCGGCGACUGAGAACGGAGAGGGCAAUGGAUCCCCAAAGUCUCAUCACCCAAGGAUCCUGUUGGUCGAGGACAUUGAGCUCAAUCGGAUUUUGGUGAGGAAACUACUUAGAGAUCUGAAUUUACAAUGCGAAGAAGCUGAAAAUGGACAGGUUGCAGUGGAUCUCUUUAAGCAAGGGAAACAGUACGAUCUUGUGUUCAUGGACAAGGAGAUGCCGGUCAUGGACGGCCAUGAGGCCACAAGGCAGCUCCGAACACUGGGAGUGCAGACUCCAAUUGUUGCUCUGACUGGGAACAACUUGCCAUCAGACAAAGAGUCAUUUCUUGCUGCUGGUGUCGACGAAUUCCGUGCUAAGCCACUCACAAAGAACGAGCUCGUACUUCUCCUUACUCAAUAUGGACUGGUGCAUUCGAGCUCUCAAUAAUGGCGGAAACUUGCAUUUUUCUUUCUUUUAUUCGAUGUGAAUUAUGCAUUUUAGCAUUAAUUUUCUCGUAUAAAAGAGGGUGGUUUUCGUUUUUUACCCGAGUUAAUGUACCGGGCUUCGGCCCGAAAGUGAUGAGUAACAAAAAAUACUCAUUUCAUUAAUAAAGAUAAUAUGAAUAUCCCCUAGAACCUUCUUUGUUUUCCUCUCUUUUUCUUUUCUCCUUUCUUUUUGGGGUGGGGCUUGUGUUAAAGG